UGAACGAGGGCAUAAGGCGAUGAGAGGAGGCGGCGUAGUUCGGACACAAUAAAAGCCCUCCCUCUUUCCGGUGGCCAAAAUUUAUCUCCGAAAAUCCACAAAUUCGAUCCGAGCGAGGCGAAAUUGCGCCCAAAAAGGAGAAAGAGAGGAACAGAUUCGUGUGGCUUGGAAUGUGAGGCUAGGGUUUUGAUCAGUUGGUAAAUUUAAGCACUUAGCAAUUCUAAAGAACUUGGUUGGCAUGAACCCUCAUCUUGUUCUUGAAGUUCCUGACACUCCCGAGAGAAUCGUGCGGUCGACCAAUUCAUCUUCACGACCUUCAGUGGAGAGAGAGGUUAUUGAGAUAAGAACCGACUCUUCAUCCUCCCAUCACAGGAGAUCAAUUGGCACUGCGCCACAUGAUACAGAACAGCUGUUUAGACAGGCGAGAUUAGCACGAUUGCUCUCCGAAGCCUUUGAACCGAAAACUUCUUCACAGAGCAAUAGUGAAGCACUCGAUGGGAGUUCUAAUGCGAGGGCGGAGACGAUUAAUUUAAGUCCGAAUAGCCCGUCUCCUGUUCCUCAUCACAUUGGGCAUGCAAGGGGCAGAAUCGGGAAAUACCCUUUGGGAGAAGGCGGCGAGGGUAGUCAGAAUGGUAAGCACACAAGUGUUGAAUUUCUUGGCGUCGGAUCAACGCUUCCUAGUAGACAUGUGGGGAGACCCCGAAGCCGGCCCGGGAUUAAUAUUGCUAAGGAAGAGAAGCUGGUUACAGAUAACAAAGAUCUUGCAGGAGUGAAUGAUAAAGGAAAAGGGGUUGUGCAGUUUGGUGAUUCACAACCUAUGUCGAAACAAGCACCACCGAGCCCUUUACAAUCUGAUGUUCCUCAAAGGCUCGUAAGUCGGAGAAGGCUGGUGCGUAAUGGUUGUAUCUCUCCUUGUAACACAGCAAAAGCUAACAGCAAGUCAGCUGCUGACGGAGUAAACAGAGAAAUCCACUCAUCACUAGCUCAAGCCAGGGAGCAGGACAAAGGUAAAGGAAUUGAUCCGAAUAUGGAGUCACAAUCCAAUUCGCAUUCGGUGGAGAGAUGUGGUAAUGCUAGGAAAGGAAAAGAAAUCGUGGAUGAUCAUGCAGUAGUUAAUGGGCAAGGUGAAGAAAGGUUUCUACCCGACAGGGCAAAUCCAAGAAGAGAUGGAGAUCUGAAUGUUAUUGUAGAUCCCAGCAGCACUAGUGGCAGUUCUGAUGGUCAAGGCUGGAUAUCAACUCGUCAUCAUACAGAUAAACUCUUGCAUGAAUCAAAUCCAAUUAUAAUACAAGGCGAAGGCAGAAGUCAAGAUUCCUUGUCAGAGAAUAGAAGACAGAGGUCUAUUAGAAGAAAGAGGAAAUAUAGCUCUACUUCUUACCCCCCUGGCGAAAGCUCAAGCUCAAGUUCUUUUCUUGACUCGGAAAUCUCAUAUCUUGGGUCAUCUCACCAUCCCAAGAAUUUCAGAUCAAUCAGAACUGGCAACACUCGACGCACCCGUACUGUACUAGGGCCUGUAAUAGAAGUUGAUGAAACAUCUCCUAUAGUAGAAGUUGGUGAGGUGCACAAUCGAAGUGGUGGGCUCACUAAUAGCUCUGGAGAAAAGGCCAGGCAGAUCGAAUCAGAUGAGUUAUUAGCUCGCCAGCUUCAGGAACAGUUAUAUAAUGAAUUGCCUGGAGUUAUGCAUAGAGAGCAGAUUAAUGCGAACAUAGCAUUAUCGGUGCAGCAGGAAGAGAAUGCUCGGCGUGCUGCUUCUUCUUCGUCUGUAAGGCGAGAUCGAAAUAAUGCUAGAGGAGCACGAACUGCACAUCCACAUGUGAGAACAGCUUCUCGGACUCCUUCCCGGUCAAGGGGUAUUUUUCGAAGUUUGCCAGUUCCAUUUGCGGAAUUAGUUAGGAGCAUCGAAUGGUCAACGACGGACGUAGAUCUGAAUCUUGAUAAUUUCUUUCAAGCAAUGGAGGAAGUUGAAUUGGGAAAUGAUACGGACGACGAAAUACCUAAUUUUCAACAGAUGCAACGGGAUUUUAACGAAACGAAGAAAAGGCACCACUGCACAUCCGGCCUGGAAAUGAUUAUGAGAUGCUAUUGUCACUGGAUAACAACAAUCACCGCCAUUCUGGAGCUUCACAGAAUCAGAUCAACAAUUUGCCGCAAUCAGUUGUCCAGAAUAAUAAUAUUGAAGAGCCAUGUGCCAUCUGCCUCGAGAAACCCUCAAUCGGCGACACCAUCCGGCAUUUACCAUGCUUGCACAAAUUUCACAAAGAUUGCAUCGACGAAUGGCUGAGGAGGAAGACUUCAUGCCCGGUUUGCAAGUGCGGUAUCACUUAGAAUGAUGCACCCCGGCAGACCAGCCUUCAAAAUGACCGCUAUGAACAGUGUGAUCAUUCUGCCCAUCCUUCCAAAUUGAUCUCCAAGUAAUUCCUCCAAAUCUUUCGUUGACAUAGGGAUUAGAAUCUUAUAAUCCUUUUAUCAUGACAUCCGUCUUCUUGAUUUGGUGGGAGAACCAUCCUUUAUUAGGAGAUCAACAUGCAUGCUUUUGACCUGGAGGGUUUCCUGAACAUGAAUUGCUAGAACUUAGUCGGCAAUUAAUGGUGUUAUUUAUCGAACCGACUGUAAACAUCAACAAACUCAGCACCAUUCUGUCGAUUUUCGUACUGUCGACUGUAAAAGAAUGCAUUUCAUCAUGCAUCUCAUUAUCUGCUGAAUUUCAUUCUACCUGUGGUUCAGUUGAAGUGUAUUUUGUAUUCUGUUUGGAUGCUGCUUACUUUUUGGUUAAUCAAUGCUUCCAUA